AUGGCUGAUUUAAUUUCAAAUCUCACAAAAUUAUCAAUCAAUAGUGACUUAUCAAAUACUAAAAAUAAGUUCCCAGAAUUAACAACUGAAGAGAAAGCAAUUGGUGCACAAUUUGAAACAUUAUCAAAAAGAUUUACUACCGAAACUGAAAAUUUAAAUAUAUUAAAUGAUUCAUUAAGAUCAAAAACAUUUAUGGUUGGUAACAAACCAAGUGAAAGUGAUUUAAUUGUAUUUAAAAACAUUUAUCCAGUUGUAUCGGAAUGGAAAUUGGAUGAUUCUUCUAUUGUUGCAGAAUAUAGACAUAUUUUAAGAUGGGUAGAUUUAAUCCAAAAUUUAUUAAUUACUGUUGAAUCUCCAAUCAAAAUUAAUUUUGAAAUUGAAAUCCCAAGAGAAAUAAAAGAAAAGAAGAAACCUACAAAAGAAGCUACUCCAGAUAAUAAAAAAGAAGUCAGUCCUAAAGAUUCAAAAGAUAAAGACGCAAAAUCUGCUGGUGCCCCACCAGUUAGAAAAGAAUUAACAGAAGAAGAAAGAGCUAAAAAGAAAGCAGAAAAAGAAGCUAAAAAAGCAGCAAAAGCAAAACAAAAUCAAGCUAAAGAAGCAAAUAAUGGGUCUACCGCACAAGCUCCAAAUCCUGGUUUGAUUGAUUUUAGAGUUGGUUUUAUUGAAAAAGCUGAAAAACAUCCAAAUGCGGACUCUUUAUAUAUGUCAACUAUAAAUAUGGGAGAUGAAGAAGGACCAAGAAUUGUUUGUUCCGGUUUAGUUAAUUAUAUUCCAAUUGAAGAAAUGCAAAAAAGAUAUGUUAUAUGUGUUGCUAAUCUAAAACCCGUAACAAUGAGAGGGGUUAAAUCUUGUGCUAUGGUAUUAUGUGCAUCAACUGAAAAUAAGGUUGAAUUUGUAAAUCCACCAGAAGGAUCAACACCAGGUGAUAAAAUUUUCUUUGAAGGUUUUAAUCAAGUUCCUGAAAAACAAUUAAACCCUAAAAAGAAAAUUUGGGAAGCUUGUCAACCUAAAUUCUCAACAAAUGAAAACUUUGAAGUCACAUAUACUGAAGAAGGUAAAGAACCAGUUAAAUUAGUUAAUGAAAAAGGUCAAUUAUGUAAAAAUUCAACAAUUGUUAAAGCUGAUGUUAAAUAG